CGCUUUAGUUUCUAACUUCAAACUCCUCUCUCUCCCUCUCUCUCUCUCCUUGCAUUUUCUAGAGAGAGAAACACACACACACGCAGAGAGACCCAGCUUUCAUUUUCUCUCUCUACGAUACAUACAUAACAUAAACUCCUUUGUACCUAACCCACAUUCCUAGAGAGAGAAACCCAAACCCCUCUUCUCUCUCUCUUUCUCUCUCAUCAUAAUCAUAAUUCUGGGGUUGUAGUGGAGAUCGUAAAACCCUAGAAUUUGGGGCAAAGUAAAUGGGGGAAGAGUAUAUAGGGAGAAGAGUCAACAAAGAAGUCAAAGGCGUUGGAACAUUCACUGGUACAGUCAAAUCCUACAAUUCUACAACUGGGUUCUUCGAGAUCCUCUAUGAUGUGGGCGAUUCCGAGUCUCUUGACUUGUCCCAAGUCCUCUGCUUGUUGAACGGAUCACUGCCACGUCAGCAGCAGACUGUUGGUCGAAAGCCCAAAAAACGACGUCGUAUGGCAAAAAAUUCAGGUAACAAUGCUGACACGGAAAUGAAUUAUAGUGAGAAUUGUAGUGAAAUGAACUUGAAUGUGAGAAAAGAUGGUAUGCUGAAUAAUGGGUUGAAUUUGGAUUUGAAUUAUGAUGUGAUGGUUAAUUUGAAUGACGACGACGAUGAUGGGGUAGUUGAUUUGAAUAGGAGUCAAUUGGAUUUGAAUAAAGGGGUGGAUUUGAAUGUUGAGGAGAAUAUGGGUGGUGUUAAUGAGGUAAAGUUGGAAACUUUGGAGGGAACAUUGAAGAAUAGAAGCAAUGUGAUUGAUUUGAACGUGGAUGCAAAUGGGGACGUGGGGGGUCGUGUUUCGGAGGAUAUAAGGAUAAAGGGUGGCGGGCACUGUUUUGACUUGAAUUUAGGGCUAGAUGAAGAAAGUAAAAAUGUAGAUGUUGUUGUUGGUGAUGAGACGUCAAAGGAAAUGACGACUUGUUGUUUUGGAGAAGGAGGAACUCGGGAGAAAGAGUGUAGUCGAGAUGAAGAGAAGGUCCCACUGAGUUUGGAUACUUGUUUUACUGUGAGUGAGUUAACAAAUGGCACUCUGCAGGAAGUUGAGGUGAAGUGGACGACGCCUGAUAAGGGUACUAGUGGGUUGGAAGUGCCAAAUGGUGCUUCGGGGAGCUUGAUGAAGGGCAAAAGGGGUAGAAAGAAGAGGAAGCUCCUCGAUGGUGGCAGAAAAGGUGGUACGGAGACGGUGUUGAGAAGAAGUGCUCGUAGAGCGAGAAUAGAUUCCGUUUCUGCUGAAGAUCACGUUUAUUGUGCAGUAGUGUCUGAUGUAGCGAGUGAUCCACUGUUGUCUCCUGCAGUUAGUGUGGUUUCAGAGGAGAAAAUUAUAGUAUCAGGUCAUGAAGAGUCUGAUAAACAUGACAAUCUUCCGCAAAAGAUGGAUUUGCCUCCUACUUCGAGUAGUUUAGAUUUAGAUGGUAUUCCUGUGCUUGAUGUCUUCUCUGUGUAUUCAUUUUUGAGAUCGUUUAGUACUUUAUUGUUCUUGAGCCCCUUUGAGUUGGAAGACUUCGUGGCGUGCGUAAAAGCAGAUGCUCCUACUUUAUUAUUUGACUCCAUUCAUUUCUCUCUUUUGCAAAUAUUGAGGAAGCAUUUGGAGGCUCUUUCGGAUGAAACUUCUGAAUCUGCAUCUAAUUGUCUUAGGUCUCUUAACUGGGAUUUGCUGGACCUGAUCACAUGGCCUGUCUUUAUGGUUGAAUAUCUACUGUUACAUGAAUCUGAACUGAAGCCAAGUUUUGAUCUUUGUCACUUUAAACUAUUCGAGAGCGAUUACUACAAGCAACCAGCUUCUUUGAAGAUUGAAAUGCUUAGGUGCCUUUGUGAUGAUGUGAUUGAAGUAGAGGCCAUACGAUCAGAGCUUAACAGAAGAACUGUGGCAGCAGAGAACACGGAUUUGGAUCGGGAUUUGAAGUUUGACAGUUCCAAGAAGAGGAAGGGUGCCAUGGAUGUUGCUACUGGUUCAUGCUUGAGCGAGGAAGCAGUCGAUGAAUCAACAGACUGGAACAGCGAUGAAUGCUGCCUCUGCAAAAUGGAUGGUAGCUUAAUAUGCUGUGAUGGCUGCCCUGCUGCAUUUCAUUCCAAGUGUGUUGGUGUUGCUAGUAGUCACUUGCCAGAAGGUGAUUGGUAUUGCCCUGAAUGUCUGAUUGGCAAAAAGAAGCCGUGUUUGAAUUUGGCAAAAUCAAUUCGAGGGGCAGAGUUGUUGGCAACUGAUCCAUACGGCCGGCUAUACUAUAGCUGCUGUGAUUACCUAUUGGUGUCUGAUCCAUGCGAAGACGAGUUCUCACUUAAGUAUUAUCACCGAAAUGAUUUGGCUGUGGUUGUAGGGAUGAUGAAGUCAUCAAAAAAUAUUUACGGAACUGUCUUAAGUGUGAUUAUGAAGCUUUGGGAUAUAAACUGUAUGGCUGCAGUUGCAAAAUGUGAUCUGGAUACCCAGCUGAAAACUCUGCCCUCAAAUUCUCCAGUGUUGAUCCUGUCAAAAAAUGAAGAGAAGGUAAAUGAAGGAAAGGAUGCGGAAAAGCUCUUGUCAUGUUCGGAUGAUGUAGGAUAUGACAAGUCAGAGACUGUAGACCCAUCAAUGAAGACGGGAAAUCUACCGCCAGGAUCUGAAGGAUCAGCUGAAGUAUCUCAGGUUGUUGCUGACAAUCAAAAUUACAAGGAGGCUGGAACAUUUGAAGAGUCUGAUCUUACAGAAAAAAAUAUGGAGGCUAGAAGAACACUUAAAGAAAGAAAGGGCAAUGAAUCUUUGGACUUGGGGACAUUAACAACGAGCAGUAAAGAAAUCAUAUCAGAGGAGCAGUAUGCGGAAAGUUAUGUGAACUAUUAUAGCUUUGCCCGAAUGGCAUCAUCAGUUGUUGAAGAGUUAACAAAGAAACCACCUGGUAAGUCUGGUGAAGGUGCUAUAAAAACAGUGGAGGAAAUUAUUUCAACGCAGCUGAAGGCCAUAUCUAGCAAAUCUACUGAGUUUUGCUGGCCCAAUGUUCAGAAUCUGAAGAUUGAUGCUUGGAAAGAAAAAUGUGGGUGGUGCUUCCCUUGCAGAGUUCCAGAGUGUGAAAAUGACUGCUUGCUCAUCCAGAAUUACGCAGGUCCUGCGCCAGAAAGUUUUUCUAGUGAUGCAUUGGGUGUCUGUUCUAGGAAGAACAGGAAAAGCCAUCUUGUUGAUGUCCUUUGCUACAUAGUGAGCAUUGAGGAUCGGCUUCAUGGGCUUCUGUUGGGUCCUUGGUUGAAUCCGCACCACUCUCAAAAUUGGCGCAAAAGUGUUCUUAAAGCACAUGAAGUUGCUGGACUCGGAGCUUUUUUGCUUACGUUAGAGUCGAACUUGCGGCCUCUAGCACUUACCCCUGAUUGGCUUAAGCAUGUGGAUUCUUUAGCCAAAAUGGGUUCUGGGCAUCAUAUCGUUACCAAUUCACCACGUGUGUCUUCUAAACAUGGAAUUGGCAAAAAGAAGGCUCGGUAUUUGGAGCCUGAGUUGAAUCCAUCUUCAAAUGCUGGAAGUGGGUUGGGCUUGUUUUGGUGGAGGGGGGGAAGGCUAUCCCGUCGUCUAUUCAACUGGAAGGUUUUGCCUCAAUCAUUGGCGUGCAAAGCUGCCCGACAAGGUGGAUGUAAGAAGAUACAAGGCAUGUUAUAUCCGGAUAAUUCAGACUUUGCCAAGAGAAGUAAGUGCAUAGCCUGGAGGGCUGCUGUUGAGACUUCGAGAUCUGUGGAGCAACUUGCUCUCCAGGUUAGAGAUCUUGAUGCUCAUAUUCGAUGGAAUGAUAUCGGAAACACCAAUAUCCUUGCAAUGAUGGAUAAGGAAUUUCAAAAAUCUGUCAGAUCAUUCAAGAAGGUUAUUGUACGCAGGAAAAGCUCUGAAGGAUCUGUAGUUAAAUAUCUUCUUGAUUUUGGUAAAAGAAGAUUCUUACCUGACAUUGUUGUUCGAUGCGGAACAAUGCUAGAAGAGGCUUCAAAUGAAAGAAAGAGAUAUUGGCUAGAAGAAUGUCACAUGCCCUUGCAUCUUGUGAAAGGAUUUGAGGAGAAAAGAAUUGCUCGCAAAUCUAGCAAGAUAACUGUUGGGAAGCAUCGUGAGACCAAGAGAAUAAUGAAAAAACCUCUGAAGAAAAAGGGCUUCGAAUACCUUUUCCUCAAAGCAGAGAGAUCAGAGUGUUAUCAGUGUGGGCAUUGUAACAAAGAUGUCCUAAUUAGGGAAGCUGUGAGCUGUCAGUACUGCAAAGAUUUCUUCCAUAAACGACAUGUAAAGUCAACUGGAUUUGCCGCUGCUGGGUUUAAGUAUACAUGCCACAAGUGUGCGGCUGUGAAUAAUAAUGGGAAAAAGAAUGUCAAGAGAGGGAGGAUAGAGUUGCAAAAGAGUAAGAAAGUAUCGAAAGCCUUGAGGCCACUGUGCUCAAAAGUUAAAUCCAGAGGCACCAAAAAUAAACAGCCAGCAAAAUCACAGAGUAGUAAAAAAGAGCCUGUUGCUAUACCCCUCAGGCGUUCUGCUAGGACAGCUAAAUUUGUAGCUGUGCAAAACAAAAAAAUAGUACACAAAAGAGGGAAACAAACAAAAGCUGGAAGGGGUAGACCUAAGAAAAAAGCAAAAGUUGACAUAUCGGAGAAAAAGAAACCAGCAGAAGUUGCUUGGCAGAAGAAGAGAAUGCAAUUAUGCCGGAUAUACUGGCUAAAUGGUCUAUUGCUCUCACAAAAGCCAAAUGAUGAACGAGUGACACUCUUCAGGAGUAAAAAGCGUCUUGUUCUUUCUGGAGAGUUGGCUGCUACAGCAGAUCAGCCGAAGUGCAGUCUUUGUGGUGAACUAGAAUAUACACCUGCUUCAAAUUAUAUUGCAUGUGAAGUUUGUGGAGACUGGUUUCAUGGAGAUGCUUUUGGUCUUACAGCUGAAAGAAUUACUAAGCUAAUUGGAUUCAAGUGCCACAAAUGUCGGCAAAGGUCCCCUCCUUUUUGUGCUCAUUUGCAUACAAUGGGUAGCAAGGGUAAGCAGGUUCCUUUGGAGAGUAAUAAGCGUGAAGAUGCAAAUAAAACAUGUAACAUCGAGUCCUGCUCAAGUAAGGGACCACUAGAACAGAAAUCUCACUUGAAUGAUGAAUCAGGAUCUUGUUUUACUGGUGAUAGUGAUGAAAAGCAUCCGCGAGGGGCUCUUCCUGAUUCAUGCUGUGCGGAGAAUGGAAGUUUGCCUAUUAUUAGUUCAGAGCAGGGAGAAACUAUUGAUAGCUGUAGCAAGAUGGAUAUUGUACUUCCAGAUGAGCCGGGCUUAUUGAAUGAUAAUGUUAAGUGUAUCAAGGAGGAGGAGGAUCAGAGACCAUCGAAUGAAUUGUUGUCAUCUGAUGACAGCUCUUUGCUGAAUGAUCCCGCGAUAGAGGUGAAGGAUGUGUCAGUUGGAUCUGGGGAAAGACUUGAAGAGAAUACUACCCUUGUGACAGGAUGUACAUCUUCCAAGUCUGCAGAGGAUCUUACCGAAACAGGAUUACCUUCAUUAACAUGACCAACAGAGGAAUGGUAAAGCAACAGUCAUUCCCGAAUCUGUGGUAGAUAGAGCUGUUAUUGACGGACCUGAAUUGUCCUCGGAGAAAAUUUUAGUUUCAGAGUAAUUUGUAGGUCUUGAAGGGAAAAAAUUAGGUUAGAGGUGUAGAAUAUACUUCGACUCAUACAGUUACUGGCCGUAGUGUUACGGACAUUAGCUCAUUUGUGAAUCUUCUUAUGUUAUUGGGAUGUUCAUUUAUAAAGCAGUAUUUUGAUACUUCAGUCAUCAUUGGAGUAAACAAAGAGAUGAUUUGAAGUGUGUUUCUUUCCCUUUCAAUGCAUUCUUUGAUUUUAGUGGAGACAAAUUGGUUAAUGCAUUAUUUUUAGAGGUGGCAAAUGGAUGGUGCCGAUACCAGAUUAAGUGCUUGGUGAUGGUUAGACUUUUGUCCAGACACUUUUUUUCUUUAGAUCAUGUUAAGAAGCUUCUCAGAUUUCUCUGGUUCCGCUUUCGACUUCUGGGAAUGACAUGCUAUCCAGGCACUAGAUGUUGAUUCAAGACCUGGAUUAUUUUUGAGGUGUACCCAACCCCCUGGUUUAAGUGAUGAAAUUAUUAGUCAUGCAGUUUUAUCACUGUACUUUUCUGUUUUACAGGUAAGUCCUUAUAUGGCGAACUCUCCUUCAGAGAUGGAUUCAACUACAGGGUCUUCAGUCUUUCAUAAUCACUUAAUGAGAAUCAGUAGGAAAGGAAAUUUGCACCAUGGGGUUCAUGUUACCAAUCAUAACUUAAUCAUUUGAAUUGAUAAAUCUUCAGUGAUUUUCAUUGACCUUAUCUGUAUGGUAUUUUGAUUGGUUUUCAACCUCCACUUCAAAAGUCUCAAACUUCUUGCAUUGCUCAGGUAGAGUGUACUUCAUCUGGCGAACGAAUUGUCAAAACGGACGCUAUUGCAAACAGGAAAUGCUGAUUCUUUUAGGCGGAUAUAAACAUCUGCAAGGAGUUAAAGGGCGCUUUAUUUUCUGAAACUGCUUGUUUGUCAUCUUUGUGUUUUUAAAGUUAGUCGUUGAGAGCUUUUGAUGUCUGGUGUACAUGUUGAUAGACUAGUUUGUCUCUCAUAAUAGGAUGUACCAACUAAGUACUUUCAUUUCCCCAACCCAGCAUUUAGAACUCCAACCAUCUCUUUAGUGUUUGUACGAUUGCUUUUGCUUUAGGUGUGAGUUAUGGCUGCCUUAUGCGGAAUCCUAUUCACUAAUAUCUCAUAUUAUUUUUCUUCUGGGUUAGUUCAACAAUAAGUUCUGCUGUGUGCAAAGCAAACUAGAUCAUAGAUAUACAUCGAAACAAUGAACUUCAAAUGGAUGUCUUAUGGUUGGACAUUUCAA